AGUUCAGUUCGGGCGUAUUCGGAGACGGACGCGUGAUCGCCGAUUGGACGUUUCGCGCGUUCAAAAUUCGAAAAUCGCGUUCGAAUUGUUUGUGACAUUUUUAUUAAUUUACAAUUUGUGAAUGAAUUUCUUUAGUGUGUAGUGUUGUGAUUGUUUUUCUGGAUUUGAAUAUAAUUUUUCGUGAGAAAAUGAUUGCAAGUAUACAACGACCGAGCUGACCAUCUAAAAACCCGUUGCUACCAAUAUGCACCAAAAUUAUAAAACAUGGCGUCGAAAUUCAAAAUUGUUUUUGAAAAAGGAACGCCAUUUAUAAGUCUGCGAAUGCGCAGGGGUGUGUUUGAAAAUAGAACAGUGAGAUUGAGAAAAUGUGCAUCGGAUGCGUUAGGUUUAGUCUUGGCGGCCAUUUUGAUUGUCGGUUGUCAUGGUGACGAACGACAGAGAUUUGCUAUGGAGCCAACGGAUCAGAGUGCCAUCGUCGGGUCGCGAGUGACGCUUCCGUGUAGAGUGGUGGGAAAAGUGGGAACUCUCCAGUGGACAAAAGACGACUUUGGCCUGGGAACACACAGGAAUCUGAGUGGUUAUGAGCGAUACUCCAUGAUCGGGAGCGAUGAAGAAGGAGACUACUCAUUAGAUAUAAGGAACGUUUCACUAGAAGAUGAUGGAAAAUACCAGUGCCAAGUUAGCUCGGGUUUGGAUGCAUCCCAAGAAGCGAUCAGAUCAAGAUACGCACAUCUUACAGUCCUCGUCGCACCUGACCCUCCUCGCAUCAUUCAGGGAGCUUUCAUUGAUGCGACGGAAGGACAAACGGUCAACAUAGAGUGCGUGUCGAUGGGAGGGAAACCACCGGCAGAGAUCAUAUGGGUGAACGGUAACCAGGACGUCAUAAAGACGAAGGGUGAAAACAAGAUAGAGUUGUUACCAGAUGGCCUCAGAUCUCAAACAAGGUCGGUAUUGCGGUUAAAGCCGACCAAGGAAUACCACAACCAGACAAUAACAUGUCAGGCGCAGAAUAACGCUGAUCGCGCUUUCAGAGUGGCCACUGUACAGAUUGAGGUGAAGUAUGCACCGAAGCUGAAGCUAUCCGCAAAGGCCGGCCAAGUGCACGGGAAAAUUUCAGAAGGCUCUGAGGCCAGGUUCCUGUGUGAGGUGGAUUCGAACCCUCCACCAUUGGCCGAUGGGGGAUACAAAUGGUACAUUAAUAACAACUUGGUCGUUGGAGACUAUACGGAAGAGAUGAUAAUUUUUAACGUGUCAAGAAAUCACCACAGAGCGGAGGUGAAAUGUGAAGUCAGCAAUUCUGUGGGCACCAGCGAGAAAACUAUCAAGUUGGAUGUCACUUAUCCACCUGGCUUCAAGACUCGGCCACAGAGUAUAGAAGCGAAAGAAGGGUCAACUGUCACACUGCACUGUGAAGUCGACGGUCAACCGAAGCCAGAACUAAGGUGGCUGUUCUCAGAACCCGGUCGAGUAGCUCAGAACCGAGGGAGCGACACCACCUUAAGUGUUAAGGUGACGCCCGACACUGCCGGCCGGUACAUCUGCAAAGCUGUGAGGGAUGCCGAGAAGGCUGAAAGCGAAGCGACAAUUUAUAUAAAAGCUGCACCAACGAUACUCUCGAACCGCACGCAGUUUGGAUCUGAAGGAGACAUGGUGGACAUCGACUGCUAUGCUAAGGCCGUCCCUAAGCCCUUUGACGUCAGGUGGUACUAUGAGGGCAAGGAAAUCAGCGCUAUCAAUGAUUCGGAUAUCGCGAUCACCCAAGACAUGGACCUACCUGAUGGCAUGGUCAAAUCGGUUCUGGUCAUCAGGAAUAGCAAGACAAAGCACUACGGUACCUACAACUGUAGCAUGACCAAUGAUUUUGGAAAUGCCAACGCUGCUAUUGUUUUGAAGCCUUUGAAAUCCCUCCCUCUCUUCAUAAUCCUCAUUGGCGUCACCUCUGGCAUCAUAAUUUUCUCCGCUUUCAUCGUGCUCGUGGUCAUCUGCCACAGAAAGAGACGGAAGACCCAGAUGAGCGAGAAGCCAGACGUGACCGUCACCACUGGAGAUAUGUACAAGGGCAGUGAUAGAAGUUCUAAUAUCAGUGAUCUGAAGAUGCAACUGCCACAAAGUGAUGGGAGUUAUGACUUGGAAUACCCAAGCUCAGAGAGGUCAGACACCAAGCACCCGGCUGGUCUGCCUCUGGCAGGGCCGGUGCAGCUGCCGACGAUCCGCGACGACACACUUUUGAAGUACCGAUACAGUAAUGACUACUCUGACCCCUCGUACACUGACACUUAUUUCAAGGGUCCCGUGGGAUACGUGUAUGACUACCCACAGGGGUACCCGCCUCCUCCGCACUUGAGAGUACAGUCGCCUACACUGCUAGAUGUGCCGCCAUCGAAUCGAUCACUCCAAGGAUCACUAACUCGGAGUAUCGACACCGCAUCGACGCUGCCGCUUUCUGGCGGUGGCUCGCAGAACAAUUCGCUCCAGCGAGCGAAGAGUCCAGACGAAAGCGACGCUAUCAACAGCUUAGGACUGCCCGUUGGAAGCGACACGCCCCCGACACCUGUUUAUGCGCAGCCUAACGUGAAAACUAGCGUUGAUCUUAGAUAUGCUGCCACGUAUGGCAAUCCUUAUUUAAGAAAUAGUUCAUUAGGUUAUGGUAGUCAAGUGCACACAGCCAAGCCGGCGGCGACGCCAGCUCCUCCACCCUACUCCGCAGUCAGGAGUUCAGUUGUUUUACCAUCUGGUAAUGGCAACCAAUCUUCACAAGCUACUCAUGUAUAGCAAAAACUGAGACUCGUGUGAAGUGUGAUAAACACUUGAGAAGUGUUUCAAAAGCCAAAUAAAAAAGUGUAAAUAAAAUAUGUACUUAUACCGGUUUUUAAGGUGUGUGCGUGAAAUAAUCCUUAAGGCCGAACUCAACUAUGCUGUUAACUGAUGCUAAAUUUCGAACAACCAAUAGAAUUACUUUUAUCAAAAGUUACUAAAUUCUGUAGGUUUAAAUAGCACAGUGCUCAAUCCACCUGGGGUGUGGGGCACAGCAUAACACAGCUCCCGUCGAGUCUGGCUUUUUAGAAGCCAAGGGUACACAGGUGUCGUGAAAAGUGUAUUAAAUAAUUUUAUGUUCCUAAAUAGAUUUAAUUGUAUGACUGAUUUGUAAAUAUUCGAAUAUAAGUUGUAAUUUUUUGUACUUCAUGUAGUUGCAGAUUAGUGUUGCGAAAGAUUGAUAUUAUGUUAUAUCGAUAUUUUUCUGAAGUUGAUAGAUAAUUCUAUAUAAAAAAUGCUAUUUGAAAACAAUAUAAUAGAAAAUUGUACGUAUUAAUGCAAUUAGGAUUAAGUAUUGGGUUUCCUUGGAGAAAUUUAAUUGUUCUGUUAUAGAUUAAAGUAAUAAAAAAAUUAUAUUUUUUUCAAAUUAGCAUCGUUGCAUGCUUCAAAAUAAGUACCUACUUAUUGGCCUAAAUUUUUCAUGGGAGUAUAAAUUUAAAAGAACUAAAUUCUCAUUUCUUGUUCAUUGUCAGUAAAUUUUCAUUUUAACGGUUAAACAAAGUUUUACUUUAACUAGUGAUACAAAAGUUUAUAAAAUGAUUUGGUUGUUCAUAUAAUUAAAUAGUUAACUGAUAUAGGUACAAAGGUGGAUUUUUCUUCAAACCUAGGGCAUUUAUUAUGUGAAUUUAAGCCAAAAUAUAUUUAUUUUAUUUGCCGUAUAUAUUUGUCACUAUUUCUCAAAAAGUUUUGAUCGAUAAAACACGAGAAUAUUUUGACAAAUCUUUGUAGAUUACUUAUUUAUUAUAGACCAAAGUCGUGGCAAGUAAAAGCCGUUGCUCAAAAUCUAUCCAAGAUGAUUUUAUAAUUCCAUUUUUCUUAUUGUAAUAAUUAUCUCAGAUAAUAAAUAUAAUAUUGACAAACAGACUGAAAAUAUUUUUUAAAUUGUAAUAUGAAUAUGUAUUUUAUCGAUAUCGAUAAGCUUUGUGUCGUCUUUUCCCAACACAGUUGGUAUAGGAAUGUAAUUUAUACGCAUACAUUUUGAUAGAUAAUUCAAAUAAAAUUUAUAUAAAAGAAUUAUAUGAAUAGAAGCAAUUAGAUAGAAUGAAUAUGUAGAUACAUUAUCGACAUUGAGUAUAUAAAAUCAUUGUUUCUGUGAUAUGAGUAAUGUUGGAAAAUUAGGCCUAAAUUUUAAAUGAAAUAGCUACAGUUUUUAGAUAUUUCUAUUUCCAUGACGAAAAAAGCAAUUGAGUCGUGAAUUUUGUAAUAAAAAAAAAUGAAAUGUAAAAAAAAAAUGUGGUCAAAAUAUUUUAAAAUGUAUAAAAAUAAAGUAUUAUUGCAUGAUGUUUUUGUUAAUUGCAUGAAACUAUAGUUCUUUUGAUUUUUACCAUAUUUAAUUACCUACGUACAGUUGUAUGAAUAAACAGAUUUCACAAAUA